CACACGUAAACAACGCGAUUUCGGCUAACAUUAUAACAAUUUGUCUUUGACAGAUUCUCUCCAACUAUCACGAAACAUUUUUUUUUUUAUUCAUGUGGCACACGACGAAUUAUUUAGUAAAAUAAGGGAAAAGUGAAAUCAAAUCGAAUAUCAUUGUGCAAUUUCAAUUAUUUCAUAUUUUUCGAUCGAGUCUAUCGCAUGCUCGCUGUAUAGAUCUAGAAUAAGACCGUACAAAUAGUGGAUUAGAUUAAGUGCAAAUAACGAAAAAGAAAGAAAAAACCCAUUUACAAUGGUUUUAGCUGAUUUAGGUCGAAAAAUUACGAAUGCGUUGCAUUCGCUUAGCAAGGCAACUGUAAUCAAUGAAGAUGUGCUGAAUUCAAUGUUGAAAGAAAUUUGCGCCGCACUUCUUGAGGCGGAUGUGAAUAUUCGAUUGGUGAAACAAUUGCGUGAAAAUGUUCGGGCUGUCAUUGACUUUGACGAUAUGGCUGGCGGAUUGAACAAACGUCGUAUGAUUCAAUCGGCUGUUUUCAAAGAGCUUGUUAAACUCGUCGAUCCCGGAGUCAAGCCAUAUCAGCCAGUGAAAGGACGACCAAAUAUUAUUAUGUUCGUCGGAUUGCAGGGAUCUGGUAAAACAACGACCUGUACCAAACUAGCGUAUCACUAUCAGAAAAAGAAUUGGAAAUCAUGUUUGGUGUGCGCUGAUACAUUCCGUGCCGGUGCAUACGAUCAAAUCAAACAGAAUGCAACCAAGGCAAGAAUACCAUUUUAUGGUAGUUACACAGAAGUGGAUCCGGUUAUUAUUGCCCAAGAUGGUGUAGAAAUGUUCAAAAAGGAAGGUUUUGAAAUGAUUAUUGUGGAUACGAGCGGUCGACACAAGCAAGAAGAAUCAUUGUUUGAAGAGAUGUUGGCAGUUGCCACUGCCGUUCAACCAGACAACAUUAUUUUCGUGAUGGAUGCCACAAUCGGACAGGCUUGUGAAAUUCAAGCACGUGCUUUCAAAGACAAAGUCGACAUCGGUUCGGUUAUUAUCACAAAAUUGGACGGCCAUGCUAAGGGAGGUGGCGCACUUUCAGCUGUUGCGGCCACAAAGAGUCCAAUUAUUUUCAUUGGAACGGGUGAGCACAUCGACGAUUUGGAGCCAUUCAAAACGAAGCCAUUCAUUAGUAAAUUGCUCGGUAUGGGUGAUAUCGAAGGUCUUAUCGACAAAGUAAAUGAAUUGAAAUUGGAUGACAAUGAAGAGCUGCUCGAGAAAAUCAAACACGGACAAUUCACAAUUCGUGAUAUGUACGAACAAUUCCAGAAUAUCAUGAAAAUGGGACCAUUCUCACAGAUUAUGGGCAUGAUUCCGGGCUUCUCACAAGAUUUCAUGACAAAAGGUGGCGAACAGGAAUCAAUGGCGCGCAUAAAACGUUUGAUGACCAUGAUGGACAGUAUGUCGGACAAUGAAUUGGACAAUCGUGAUGGUGCUAAGCUAUUCAGUAAACAGCCAACUCGUGCAGUGCGUGUAGCUCAAGGAUCUGGUGUGACCGAACGCGAAGUAAAAGAAUUGAUUUCACAGUAUACGAAAUUCGCAGCGGUUGUCAAGAAAAUGGGCGGCAUUAAAGGAUUGUUCAAGGGUGGCGAUAUGACGAAAAAUGUGAAUCCAACGCAAAUGGCAAAGCUAAAUCAACAAAUGGCCAAGAUGAUCGACCCGCGAAUGUUACAGCAAAUGGGUGGAAUGAACGGAUUGCAAAGCAUGUUAAGACAAUUGCAACAAGGAGCCGCCGGUGGUUUGGAUAGUUUGAUGGGAGGUUUCGGUGGUGGUGGACAUUAGUUAAAAAAAAAAAAUAUGCAUGUUUUAACAUUUUUUUUUUAUCUUUUAUUUUUCCGUUUACGUUUAAAUAAAAAUAAAGUAUUCGAAUAAA